AUGGGUUCCCGUUGCCGGUGGCUUUUCAGGCCUCCGUUUUCUCUCCAACCAUAUUGCAGUAUCUUAUUCCUCGAAUUGCGCCCGGGGCGUGGCGAAGUUCGCAAGCUUGACGAGGCGCCCGAGGCAUCCAAGCCGUCACCAAUCCAAUCAUACAGCAAAGUUCCCCGCCAUCCAACCAACCAUCCGGCUGACGAGUGGACAGGCAGCGAACGUAUCUGCGGCUUAUUCGCAAUUCAUACCAGUGAUAAUUUUAAUAAAGAGCCACAGAUCGCCGUGGAUGUCUGCAAUGGAUUGUGUCUCAGAUAUGCUGUCUUUUGUGUCCCAGAAUUUGAAAAUGUUCAUCCCGCAUCAGCUCUUCUCGACAUACUUGUCCUCUGUCCCGGUAUACAUCGACAACAGUCGGCGCCCGAACUCAACAACGGCGAGCACCCAGCGGUCGCCGCCCUAACAUCUGGAUAUGUCUUCCGCGUUGAAAAUCCCGCGACGGUGCUCUUCCUGCAGAAGAUGGGCGUCACUGGCCAUCUCACAUAUCUAAGAGUUACUAGUACUUCAGCUUUGAAAACAAAUGGCAAACUCGGACGGACAUUGGACGCAGUGUUUCCGAAACUUGCACUCUCCAGUAUCUCAACCAUCCCCUACCUCCUUGCCCCCAUCGCGUCGCUAGCAGUCCUAGCAGUCUUAAUUGUCGCGCGGGACUGGUGGGGCGUCUCUGCACUGGUCGCGUUGAUUUUCGCUCGCUUCUGCAAUGUACUCAUCAUCCGCCGACGAAGCACGAUUGGCUGGAAAGGUGCCUCUGAGCCCGGUGUCCAGGGUGAUCUGCUCAUCCUCCUCAGCCAAGACCGCUGGAUUAGACUUCAGGGGGCGGUAGAUGAUUUGAAGGCUGUGACGUCAGGUCAAUGGCUACGAGACUGCUCCUUUAUCGAAGACUCGGUCACCGCAUUCGCAACAUUGCUUGUUUAUACCGAUGUCGCCCUUGUCAGCAACGUGAGCAAAUCGGGACAGAUUCUAAUUCUCGCGCUUUUCGUCUUCUCGACAGCUCUGCUAGCCUGCGCGAAUGCAAUGACAUCAGAACUCUACAUGCAUGGCAGGAGAAUCUCGGCCAUGGGGAAGUCAAUAAAGUAUGCUAGAAGAUUGGACCUUGCUAAUGAACUUAUCCGAGAGACGAAACGGGAUGAUUGGGCCCUGCGUCUGGGGAUGAUUGUCCGCCAGUCUCGAGACGCGUCAACAAGCACAACCGACGGCGCUGGCUACACCAUGGCGAAACGCUAUUAG